AUGAAAAGGGCAAGAGGAGAAGACGAUUCCAACUCAGUGGACAGAAUAUCCGAGUUGCCACAAGGAAUCUUGCAGCAGAUACUGUACCACCUCUCCCAAGAAGAGGCUGUCCGAACGUCUGUCUUGUCGAAAUCAUGGCGCUACAAUUGGUGUACUCGUCCCAAUCUCGAUUUUUCCGACCGUAGCUUCUUCAAAGGAAGCAAACAAUAUUUUCUAUCCGUUGUGGACGAGACUUUACAACGAUACCGUGAUCAAAGGCUGUGCAUAGAGGAGUUUCACCUCAGUAUAUCGCUAGACGAUUCGGAUCCCGCGUCGGCUUCGUUUCUCGAAAAAUGGAUCCCGACACUCGCAACAACAAAUAAGGGUAUGAAGAAGUUUUGUCUCUCUAUUCGUUCGGAACAAGGUUCGGGAUCGACUCAUCCGCCAUCUGUAGUCUUUGAGGCGGAAUUACUCCAAGAUUUGCACUUCGACAAUUUGACGUUGGACCGAAAGGUUAUUGACCGGAUAAUACUCUUCAAGCAUCUGAAAACACUUCAUCUUCUAGAUGUCCGUAUCGAGGCGGAAAUUUUUCAGAAGAUAAUCUCGAGAUGCCCGAUGAUUGAAACUUUGCAUGUCGAAGACUGUAGGGGGUUAAGAAAAAUUGAGGUGAACGAAUUACAUUGUCUCAAAGACUUAUAUUUCAUCGAGUAUGACUUACAAGAGCGAGAUGAGGAAUGUUGUAGCAUCGAAGUUUAUCCCCCGUCUCUUGAAACCAUCAAAGUUAGUUGCGGUAAUCUUCGGUUCAACAAAGGAGCGGUUCUUUGCAAUCUGAAGCAUUUGUAUCUGCGGGGGGUUGAAAUGUUAUUGCACCGCUUGUCGUCGUGCAAAUUCCCAAGUCUCGAACGCUUGAUUAUUGGCCGUUGCGAUGGACUGAGAGGAAUCAAGCUAUUUAUGGAUGCCCCAAACAUAGUUGAUUUCAGCUAUAAUGGAUUUUUUAUCCCAUCCAUCUCUUUCGCAUCAACUUCUAUCGAGUGGAAGUCGAGAAUAUAUCUGCGUUUACGUGAUGCUCCCUCUUUGUGUGCAUUGUGUGUUUGUCGUCCAAGAAAUAUCGGUUCGUACCACCGCAUCAGUUUGGCUAAGGAAAUGGAGUGUGUGCUGAAGAUUCUGAUGGAGAGAGAAAGUGGAGACGACCAAGACGAUCAACUCAGACAGCUGUGGUUGCAAGAUUUGGAGGAAGUACGCAUGGAGAUUUAUGACACGGAAGGGAGAGAAUAUCAUCCGACAACUCUGUCUGAAUUGCCAAACUAUGAAGAAGAUAGAUAUAAUCGUAUUCGCUUUGCAUUGAAAUGGAGACAACGUUGUUAG